GGCUACUAAAUGGUUUCAAAAACCCAGGCUGUGCGCAUGCGUCUUAUUAUUUGCUGAAGCCAAUCCUCUGGCCCAGAACCUCUUUUUGCACAUGCGCAGAAGGCUCAAUGACAGUCGCGCGCUGGCUAAGGCUCUGGGAAAAGGGGCAGGCCAUGUUGCAUGUGACCUGGGGGUCCAGGGUCCGAGUAUGGUCCCUGGUGCCUGCUCUCCUCGGGACUCCCCGGGCUCUGUCGUCCCUGGAGAACAGGAUGGGGGCGUACCGCAAGAUGUGGAACCCCAAGGAGCCCUGCAACUGGGCCCAGCAGUACCGCGAGCGCUUCAUUCCAUUCUCCAGGGAGCAGCUGCUCCGCCUCCUGAUACAGGAGUUCCACUCCAGCCCAGCAGAGAGAGCAGCUUUGGAGGCAUUCUCAGCUCAUGUGGACUUCUGUACCCUGUCUCACUACCAUCAGCUCCUGGCCAGGCUGCAGGCCUUGUAUGACCCCAUUAACCCUGACAGGGAAACCCUGGACCAGCCGUCCCUUACUGACCCUGAGCGCCUGUCCAGUGAGAAGGAAGUGCUCCAGGCUCUGAAGCCCCUGCUGGCCCAGGCCAACUUCUCUCCACUCUCUGAAGAUGCCCUGGCCUAUGCACUUGUCGUCCAUCACCCUCAGGAUGAGGUCCAGGUGACAAUAAAUUUGGAUCAGUAUAUCUACAUACAGUUCUGGGCCUUGGGCCAGAGAGUUGGGCAGAUGCCCCACAAGUCCAGUGUGGGCUCCAAGCGUGGCUUCUUCAGAAAGUUGCCCCCUGUGGAGAGGAGAUAUUUCAAGCGUGUGGUGCUGGCAGCCCGGACGAAAGGAGGGCACCUGGUCCUGAAGAGCUUCAAGGACACCCCACUGGAGGGCUUAGAGCAGCUGCUGCCGGAGCUGAAGGUGCGCACGCCCAUGAUGCAGCGCGCCCUGCUCAACCUGAUGCUGGUGGUCUCGGGCGUUGUGUUCUUCGUCAACGUGGGCAUGGUGAUACUGUCUGACCUCAAGAUGGCCACCUCCCUGCUGCUGCUGCUCUUCGCUGCCUUCAUGGGCAUCAGGGCCUCCAAGGUGUUUGGGCAGCGCCGUAGCGCCCAGGCCCUGGAGCUGGCACACAUGCUGUACUAUCGAAGCACAUCCAACAACUCAGAACUGCUCAGUGCCCUGGCUCUCCGAGCACAGGAGGAACACAUCAAGGAAGCCCUACUGGCUCACAGCUUCCUAGGUCGCCAGCCAGGGGGCCCCCAAGGCACACCUGAAGGCCCAGGUUUCCUCUAGCUCCAGCUUGGACACAGUCUCUCCCUUCAGAGACCUCCAGGUGGCUGCAGUCUGAAGUGGAAAGCUGGCUUCUGGCCCAGUCAGGCUGUGAUGUAACCUUCAAUGGACCUCGGGCCCUGGCCCAUCUGCAAGCCCUGACCCCCAGCUUUGGAUUGUUCCCACCACCUGAAUUGCCACAACUGGACCCGCUGGUCCUAGGCACUCCAGAGGCCCCGCAGGCUGCACUGGGUAGUAGCUACCCUUCACCCUGACCACUUACUACCAGGCCCUGCACAGCCAGGGUGCCAAGCUCCGCCUCCUCCGUGGCAAGCUGUCAAUCGUGGCAACUGCAUCUCCUUCCUGGACUUUCAGUUGUUUACAGGCUAUUAUUUCUGCUAGGCCAUUAAUUUUGCUAUGCUAUAGAGUUAAGAGUAGCCAAUCAGGGCUGCUGGCAGUUGCUAGGCAGCCUCCUGAGGCCAGCCAAUCAAAGCCAUUUAUUUCGGCUUGUUAUUUUAUUUCUUAGACCCGUCCCUGGCGGGAACCUCACCAAGGUCGGUGGAAGAGGCGGGGCCUGGGGGGAGCGGGGGAGAGGCUGGACGCAGCUGCUGGAUUGCAGCUGCCAGCCUUGGCCACACUGAGAUGGGCCAGGCUGUGAAAGCUGCACUGGGAGGCCCUGCUUCGUCAUCUGUUUAGCCUGCACAGAAUGGCCCGCCACAUGCACCUGAGCAGGGCCCACUGCAACCCAAGAGCUGUUUGGUUCCGGUACACAGUGAGUGACAGACACAGGGCACCUCAGCCACAGGCAGCCAAUCAGAAUGUGUGGAGGAACCUCCUCAGAAUCCAUGAGAUGAGCCAUCUGUUCUGCAGCUGAUCUGUUCUGGUUGGAGGCACUGGAAACUUCUGGCCCCAAAAAAGACUUUCAGGAUUCCACCCCAGGAUUACUCCAGCUCAGGCCCCAGCAGGCUCCUAGGCCUGCUCUGCCUUGCUGUAGAAAUCACGUUAGCCUGGGUCUCCCUAUCUGUACACUGUGUGUCACUUCACCCUCUUCCAAAGGAAUAAAUCAUGCUUAAUAAA